CCGCCACAAAAAACCUUCUUCAUUGGGACUGUUUUAGCCAAACUUUCGUGACAGAUCCGAUAAUCUCUUCCUCUACGAAACCCCAGGAACCGCCGGCCCCAUCCUAAUUCAAUCCCUUUUAUCCCCUUCUUCCAUAACAAUAGGAGACGAAGCUCAAUCCUUUCAACUCUUAUUCAAAGAUGAGAUUAACCCAAUAUUACGAUGCUGCUAGAAAUUUAGCUAAACGGGUCUUAAUCCAGCACUCCCGACAGAAACAACAUCAUCACCGAUGUUUCUCCAGUUUUAGUAAGAUUUUUUCUCCAUGCAAGACUUCCCAGUAUAGGAUUCCUCGAACCCAGAAUCAAAAUUCAACACUGUGGUCGUUUGUUCACAAAUCGUACUAUUCGUCUUCACCAACACCGCCACCGGCCGGCCGGAGAAUGGGGUUUCUUGCUUGGUAUCUGGCCAUGCUGAAUUCAAGGCCAAUUAUCACUAAAGCCAUUUCUUGUUCAAUUAUUUAUGCAGCUGCUGACGUUACUUCCCAGAUGAUUACAAUGACGCCUUCUGGUUCUUUAGACUUAAUAAGGACAUCCCGGAUGGCGAGUUAUGGACUGCUUAUUCUUGGUCCGUCACAGCAUGUAUGGUUUAAUUUUAUUGGUAGAAGUCUCCCCAGACGUGAUAUAGUGACUACAUUGAAGAAACUUGUGGCUGGACAGCUUCUUUUUGGACCUGCUGUUACAUCAGUAUUCUUCUCGUUCAAUGCUGCUUUACAAGGUGAAGAUGCAGGUCAAAUUGCUGCCAGACUGAAGCGAGAUCUGCUCCCCACGUUGUUAAAUGGCCUUAUGUUCUGGCCAAUAUGCGAUUUUUUGACAUACAAAGUCAUCCCUGUUCAUUUACAGGUUUACUUCUUUCUUUUCAAAUUUCAUUGUCACCCUUAUUUCUACUUCUUGUAAUUUGGAUAUGCUUUUCAAGAAACAACAUUACAAUUUCCUCAAAACAAGAUUCUCUAUUCACUGUUUUUGUAUUUAUUUUUUUAUCAUUUCUGAUUAGAGGAACUGAUGUUAUGGUAUCAUAUUUGCUGCAGCCAUUGGUGAAUAGCUCAUUUGCGUAUAUAUGGACCAUAUAUUUGACAUACAUGGCAAGCUUGGAGAAAGCAGUUGAUUAGUUCACAGUCUUUGGCUUUUUUUUUUUUUUUGAAUUGGUCAGUCUUUGGCUUCAUAUCUUCGAAAAAAGAGAUUCUUUCAUACAUAGUAGUACAGCAGUUUUUAGCUUCUAGGUGCAGGUAACUAUGCGGCAGAGCUUAGGAUCCAAGGAUGCACAAACACGCCUUCAGAGACUUGAAGUGUUGGAAUUGUUAGCAGUAUGCCCAAUCUUAAGGGGCUGAGAUACUCAAUUUUUUCUGUCAUUCUUGGAAUGUUCCUGAAGAAACAGGAUUAUUAGGGUUUUUUUUUUGUGCUUCGUAAAGGAUCGUUUUCAGAAUUGUUAGUUGAAUGCCCUAUCUCUAGAUGUUCAAUUUCUGUCAUUUAUAGAAUCUUCCUGAAGAAACAGGAUCAGGUCUUUUUUGGUGCUUCGUAGAGGACUAAUUUUCUGUUCAAUGAUGAUUUGCCUUUCUCAUGGAAUCCAAUGAUGCUUGAAUUUAGAAAUUUCGCUUUAAUUCUCUUUUCAAAUGGAAGAAGAUUGCUAUUGUUAUUCAUUCCUUCAGAAAGUCCCUCCUAAUUGCCAUAGAAAUGCCAGCCUUUGCAGGUUCUGUUAGGCUCUAUCACCUUAAG